CACUCACUCACAACACGCACAGCAAUGGCAGGACGACGCGGACGCGCCGGGGCAGCCGUGCGCGGCCCCACCUCUGCCCUCACAUCGUUCCUCGCUGGUCUCGGCGUCGAGCCACAGCUCGGAGGAAACCAGUCCACGGAGCAAGACACUACCGCGCCCAACGCUGAAGCGGGUCCGUCGCGUAUCGAAGAGGAGAAGGAAGACGUCGACAGCGACGACCUCGACGCGCGCCCGCCCAAGCGCCGCCGCGCACUCUCCAUCGACUCGGAUGACCUCGACGCUGAGACGCCGUCGAACGGCAUCAGUACCGCCGUGUCGUCAGCCAUUAACACGCCUGCCUCGGGCUCGCGUGCUACCAGCGUCGCGGCGGGAGCUGGUGCUUCCAUCAAGCCGUCUGCGCUCAAGGGCAACGGAAGCUUCAUGAACUGUGGCGAGUGUGGCAAGAAGUUCACUGUGCUGUACUGCGCCGCGCACGUCAAGCUAAGACCUCAGACGCAAUACACAAAGGAACACCCCCGCCGGCCACAGACGUGGCUGUGCGUUCAGUGCUGCCCCAAGCUCGGCCUCGAAGCCUUCGGCAAGAAGAAGGCGCCGGCCAAGGCCGCACCCAAGAAGGCCGCCCGUGAGAAGAUUGUUCACUACGAGGUCACAAAGGGCCCUACACCUCUCGCCGAUCUCUGUAUCCAGAUGAUCGGCAAGUAUAUCGAGGAGGUCGAGGCGCUCGGUGACAUCGGAAGUGUCAACAUGGGCAAGGUGUGCAAGAUCAUCUGUAAGAGCCGCCGCUUGACGCCAGAAACCGCCACGCUGCUGUACUCGGUCGACAGAACCGAGCUGACCAUGUACGACUGCACUUUGCUUGUUCACGAGUCGUACCUCGCCAUGGCCAACCUAUGCCCCAACCUCGUCACCCUCAACCUGCAGUACUGUGGGCAGAUGCAGACCGAGACCUUGGAAGCCUGGGGCAAGUCUCUGCGUCAUCUGCGCCAUCUGGAGCUGUACGGCCCCUUCCUCGUGCGCAAGGAGGGCUGGAUCAGUUUCUUCAAGGCGGUUGGGAGCCGUCUCGAGUCGCUCUCCAUCACGCAGUCGCCCCGCAUCGACCAGGAGACGAUCGAAGUGCUGGUCAAGUCGUGCCCCAACCUCCGCACGCUGCACCUCGCCGAGAUCGGCAAGCUCGACUCUGACUUCCUCAUCCCGCUCGCAAAGCUCAAGCACCUGCACUCGCUCGAGCUCUCCAGCCCGGGCGGCACAGCGCUGAGCGACGACGCGCUCGACACGUUCCUCCAGGCCGUGGGCGCAAACCUCACCUCCCUCAACCUAGACUACAACCCCGAGCUCUCGGACGCCGUCCUUGUCUCGAUCGCGCAGCACUGCCCCAAGCUCACCAAGCUCUCCCUGCGCGACAUUGAUCUCACAGACGCGGCGGUCAAGACCUUCUUCGACACGCGCCUCAAGCACCGCCGCCCCGGCUUCUCCCACCUCGACCUCGAGAAGGGGCACGACCUCGCCGGGCAGAGCCUGCGUGCGCUCAUCAAGCAGAGCGAUGCCACCAUCGAGCGGCUGUCCCUGCUCGGAUGGCGCAAUGUCGACGCCGAUGCCGUGUCCCUCCUCGCCGGCUGCAAGAAGCUCGGUGUGGUGGACCUCAGCUGGUGCCGCCACGUCACCGACUUUACCAUCAAGGACAUCAUUGAUGGGUGUCCUGCUAUCAAGGAGAUCCGUGUCUGGGGCUGUAACCACCUCACGGACAACGUCCCCCGCAAGCGUGGCCUGAAGAUUGUCGGCAUCGAGACGCAUGCCUUGUGAAGUGAACAACCGAGCCGCCACUCCAGCAUUCACACCUGUAGUAUGUUGUAUUCAUCCGCAUUGUAUACAGGCAUACCGCCGAUACCACGCAUGUAGGCAAUGUGUAUCGUAUGAGUAGCCAAUGAUUACUUGGUGACGACGCCAAUCAGCUCCUUGAGGUCUUCAAAACGGCCUUGCUUCUUCGCGGCCUUGACCUCGCGCGUUCCCGACUUCUCGAAUGCCUGUGCGCAGGGUUUCGUUCAGCUCACGAAUAUCAAGAACCUUGGACUCGAUCGUGUCCUCGGCGAUGAGUUGGAAAACGCGGACAGUCUUGCGCUGCCCCAUC